CGUUGACGAAACAGUAACCCUCGAGAAAAUCCAUGAACGACGACCUCUCCAACAUGGCCGCCACGUCGGUUACUCGGGCUGCUUCGAUAUCUACGUACAAUGUUCAAACCUAUGAGAACAACAUCCUGAACGAUACAAUGCUUGCCAUAGAGCCAUGGCUGGAUUCACAGCCACGUUAAGCGUCAACAGAACAUUAGUGUCGACAUGCCCAAGAAAGGGAACCGAAAACGGUUGAAAUUUAGGGCUGGGGACGUUUGCUCGGAAUCAGUGUCUGUGGCUGAUUAUGCUGAUGCCGAUCCAGCCGUUGUGAAGUCUGGUAGGGUGAAAAAGGCUGUUGCAAAUGCAGUUGAAAAAGAAGUCAAAUUACUCUGUGGGCUGGAAGCAUCACACGGUGCUGUUGAAGAGGUCCUUUGCUCUGCUGGGACCAUCAAAAUAGAUGGUUUGGACAGCAGCGAUGACUUAGACGCUGAGGAUGAUGGGGAUGGUGAAAGUAAAGUGAUCCAUAAGAAGAAGAGCAAGAGGAGAAAGGAGAGCAGUGAUGGAGAGGAGUAUCCAGUGGAUAUCUGGCUUGUGCUUUCUUCUUAUAUUCGACCUGAAGAUGUAUGCAGAUUCUCACUAAUCUGCAGGAACGCAUGGACGGUCACAUGCACUGCAGUUUUUUGGACCAGGCUAUACAAAAGACAUUACCGGAUCGAUGUUGACCUGCCGUUUCGUCUCCAGCCUGAUUGCAUUGACAGGAUGUGGAAUCUCAGGGCUCGUGUUAUUCGCUCCCUUUUCCAUAUGUAUGAGCCGUUUAGCUCACGUGUCUCCAAAAUUCCAGCCCUGCCCGAAUCUACACCCACAACUUUGCUCAAUUCCAAGUGUUUAUUGUUCUGGGUGAAAAAGGUGACUGGGACUCGACCAGAAGGAUUGUGGGAGUUCAAUUUCAAGCUUUUAAAGCAGCAGGGAAACACUAAGAACGGCCGUGCAAAAUCCUUGCACAUGCCCAAACAGUAUGAAGCUGUCCACAAAAAUUCGGACUCGGACUGUUACAUGCUUCAAGUGUCAACAUUCAACUUCAUCUUCACCCCUGUGGUCAUGGGCAUGACACUUACCCUGUUCACAAUCAAUGUCAGCACGGACAUGCGCCAUCACCGCGUUCGUCUAGUGUUCCAGGACUCACCGAUCCAAAGAGGCAAGAAGAGAGGAGAUCAUAGCGGGACGCAGGUUGUGCUGGAUCCUGUACACAGUGUGAGGCUUGUGGACUGGUGGCAUCCACAGUACCCUUUGUUACAGAAAACAUAAAACGCAUGCUCGAAAAUGUUACUUCAGCAGAACAUCACAUCCAGAAUGCUGACCAUUAUCUUGCUGCUUACCCAAGAUAAAUUUGUUCCAAGCGCCUAACUACACACACUCUGACCAUUCAUCUGUAGAUGAAGAUGGCCUCCCAAAAUUGAGUUCGAAUAGAGGAUUCACUGUUGGAUAUUACAGAAAGCCACAAAAGAUAACUUGAGAUGGAUGCAAAGUCCAGCCUUCACUGUCCACCUCAACCAGUAGUGUAAUUCUUCUAGCUAAUCAUUAAUACACGGCCAAUUGAGUUGUAAUUGCCAAUUAUAUUGUGAAUUCACAAUCAAGCUGUGUUAAUGCAUGCACAUUACUUAUUUUAACAACAGCCCCCACACCAUCUACUUCUUAUCCUAUCUGGCAGUUAUAAAGAGGGGAGUAGUUAUUAUUCAUGGUUGGUAAUCAGGCCUUACAGUUAAGUAUAAAAAUAUGGAUAUUUUACUCCUGAUUAAAAAUGAUUUUGACGAAUUUGAGUAAAGGGAUUAACCUAGAAUAAUUGUUGAAAUGUUUUGCUGUGUGAUUGGCUGAUAACUAGCUACAAAAUGUGAGGAUCAUUGCAAUUCUUCUGAGAACCCUUCCAGUCCAUGCAUAUGGGUACUUUGUUACCCCUCAUCUUUUGCACUUAAAAACUUACUCCCAGAACUUUAAUUUGAAUUUUGGUUUGUUUUCUGUCACCUUUUAUUGAUUUAUCCGUCCAAGCAUGUUUUAGUUCUUCGAUUAUUUUAUCAGCUACAUAGUUGCAGUGUAUUAUAUGAUACAUUUACAUCAGACGUCACUGUUUAUCUCCUAGUGUUUCUUGGGCUUACACAAAAAAAUUGACUUCGUGUUGAACUUUAUCCCUUCCUUCCACCUCUGUAAUAGCAGUGCUCUUGUGUUAAGUGUAUUGAAUGUUCAUGCAUAUCACAUACUUGAUCUUAAUGUGCACCGAAGGGAAGGAGCUACCUCAGACAUUGGUGAAAAGGAUUAAACCUGAAUUGUUGUGCAGCUUAAAAUAAAACAUGGUAUCUCUUCACCUAAUAACGCAGUGUAGACUUGUAGAGAGACAAAGAUAUGGUAGAUGACCAGGCUAACUUACAAAGACAAUUGAGUGUUUUAUUUGGUAAUCAACUUUGAAUUCUGUCAUUGAUUAAUUACUGUUUUGAAAUGAAUAAAAAGGAACAUGCCCCUUUUUAUUUA